CAACCCAAUCCCAAAGAAGAACCCCCCUAGCAAAAGUAACGUUUACCGCAAAUGACUUUUAUUUUGAUGAAACAUUAUCUAUGACCAGGGGAAGUAAUUACAUCACACGCUCGUCGACCCAAAAAUAUUUUGAGUCACACACAUUUUCAUAAACAUCGUGCUUUUGAAGUUGAAUGCUGUGGUAUUUUGAUAUCCCUUAAAUGUAGAAAUUGCCUUUUGACGACGAGGAAAGACAACAAAAAGUCUACAGCGAUGGCUGCAACAGUUGAUUUCAGGACCCACGUUGAUGCGUCAUGCAGGUAUUCAGAGGAGUUUACCAACAUAUAUUAUGACUGCAUGGACAAGAAAAGAAGGAACUUGAUGCGGCUCUACCUGGACAAAGCGACCCUGGUUUGGAACGGGAAUGCUGUGUCAGGGCAGGCUGCUCUCGGAGAGUUCUUUGAGUCACUUCCCUCCAGCGAGUUCAGUAUCCAGACUCUGGACUGUCAGCCAGUGCACGAACAGGCAACCCAGGGCCAGACCACGCUGCUGGUGGUGACGGCAGGACAGGUGAAGUUUGACGGUCAAAAGCAGCGCUACUUCAAUCAGAACUUCCUCCUCACAGCCCAGUCCUCACCCACCAGUGACCAGCCUGUCUGGAAGAUUGCCAGUGACUGUUUCCGCUUCCAGGACUGGAAUAGCUGAGGGCUACUUUAAUCUACUUUCAGGGUCGUAUUCAUUUGGGCACACAAUAGCAAAACAAAUUUCAACGGGCUACAAUGACAAGUUUGACGAGUACAACCCUGCUUUAAGAUUUAGUUGGUAAAUCUGCUACAGCCCACUUUCUUCAAAGUUAUUGUAUGUUAAUGAAGGUACUCUUGUAAUAAAAAUAAAGACUUAAGCACAAAGUAGUCAAAUACAAAACAUUUUUAUUCACCACAAUGUCCUUUAAAGCAUGUGACCCCCAGAACUGAAUAAGUAACCAUUUUUCACACAGUAGUUAGAGAAAGAAAAUGGACUCCUAAAUGUUAAUUAGGCCUUUUUGUUAUGAGGAUACUAAUAUUUUCACAUUGCUUUGAGUAUUCAGGUAAAAAUAGUCUAUCCUCCUGGCCAAAUAAUCUAUUAAAUAGCUGCUAUUUUAAGUUUCCUGAGUGACGUUUGGUGCGACAAAAGCAAAACAAUACAACAUUUUUGGGAAAAAACGAAUUGUUAAAGUCAAUGCUUAUUUAGUCUUAAAAUAUACCUUGGCUUUUCUAAAGCAAUGGAUGGCUAACAUGCUUCUAAAUAAAUAUAACCAAACUUGAACAGACACUGGGAAGUGAGAGCAGGGAAAGGCACAGUAAUGUCAAUACUGCCAUCUUACCACUAGAGGGCAGUACAACUGUCUCAACUACAUAACAUGAGAAAUAGAUGGACUGAGGAACAAAGUAUUUACAGAACACACAGCGAGAAAUACAUCCGUUACAAAACGGGUACAAAGAGCUUAGGCUGGAAUGGCAGGUAAGCGUUGACUGUUUCCCUUUCCGCAAUGUUCCAUUUGUUUGUCGGUGAAAGUAGUGGAGUUUUCUAUAAACACAUUUCUAUAAAUGCUGGAUCAGCUUCAAGUUUGAUUUCCCAAUAAAUAAUUUACCAUCUACA